AUGUAUUGGCUUCGAAAGCUCAAGCUUGACAGGGAGCAGCGCAGAGCGAAUACCGGCCCUGCCGAUCCGCUGUUAAUUGAAAGUAUAACCGGAGACACGCUACCAUCUGUACCAGAACAGAAAGAUUUUCCAAGUCCGAAGGUUCUGGAAGCCUUGCAGGAUAUACAAACGACAGCAUACGAGGUCUCGUUUGCGUCUCGCCUGCAAGGAACAAUGCCGUCUAGAACUCCCGGACUGCUGGCUCUGGACUGGGAGACAGAAACGCCGUGGAUGGCGCUUAUGAAUGAUGUUCGGCAACAUUAUCGCUUGGCGCAGUCACAAACUCAUGCCAUUGAAACGUCCGCUCCAAUCGAAUAUUGCUCUCUCCGGGCUUGCCAUCUUGAUCAAGUCCACGAGCUCCUUGCACGGGCUUUCUGGGAGGGAAUCGACGUGAGCGAUUCCCUUGACUACUGGCCCGAAAGAUGCACUGUUGUCGCAACCUAUAAGCGACUUGUCGUUGGGAUAGCUAUCAUCAGUUCCCCUCGAGAGACAUAUAUUACUUUUCUCGCGGUCAAACCGGGUUGGGACAACGCACAGAUUGCUACGUAUGUACCUUUUCUCGAUUACAAUCAUCUGAUAUCAUGUUAUUCCAGGUCGAUGCUGUAUCAUCUUAUCCAACUAAACCCUCACAAAGACAUUACGCUACACGUCUCGGCUAACAAUCCCGCCUUGUUGUUGUAUAAUCGUUUUGGCUUCAAGGCUGAAGAGUUUGUUGUUGGUUUCUACGAGGCCUACCUGGACCCUCAGUCGCGCUCUUCGAUGAAUGCCUUUCGAUUGCGGCUCCGUCACUGA